AUGGCAGGCACUAGUGAAGAUUCACAGUUAACUCUUUGGACCUGGUGUCUGCGGCACUGGAAGCCUGGCUUGAAUGGUGAGGAUGGGAUAAAGGGGCACAACCAAGAGAAGGUGGAGUGGCUGGGGUAUGCAGUGGAGGAGUAUUUCAUUUGCAAUGCUGACUUGGGGCUAGAUGAAGUUGAGGAUUUCCUUGGAGAACGCAUGACCAAUAAAUUUGGUCCAGUUAUGGAAGAUGAUAGUCUGCCCCAGGUAAGCCAGCAACUGCAGAUCUUGUUUCAUCACUUUCAGAGGCAUGCAUGAUGGUACCACUCUGAGGAGAUGGAUUCCCAUAUCACCCAAAGAAAGUACAGGAUCAGGCCCUGCAUUUACAACAGAGAGACCGAUGAGGAUGAGGAUGAUGCAGACAGCAUGGAGGAGGAUGAGGUCACAACUAUGAAUGAUGGAGUAGCUACAGAUGUGAUCUGUCCCCAUCCUAAAUCCUCUGACCCAGAUUCCCAGACUAUUAAGGAAGAGGAUAUAGUAGGCGAUGGCUGGACCAUUGUUCAGAGAAAGAAAUAA